CGAAUCGCUUUACCCAACUUUGAGAUAUUAUGAGGAAUAUAUAUUUGCAUUUACUUUCUAUCUUAGUGGCAAAUUUGAGAUAUAUAAGUGGCGAUUUGAGGCAAAUUAUUCUGUUUCCCUGCGACUUCGGGCCUUAUCCACUUGGGCUCGCCCAUACGUCACUUCCGGAGAUCGCGCUCCUGACUCCCAGAAAACUGGCGUGACUCUUUCUUGCUGCUUUUCGGCGGUGUACUGGACAAGCAUGGGUCGGAGGAGAGCACCAGAGGGUGGGACUCUUGGCCGGACUCUUAUCCGCCAGCAAGUUCAACGGAGCCGUAGCCACCGCCACACGGACUCCUGGCUGCACACAAGUGAACUCAACGAUGGCUAUGAUUGGGGUCGACUUAAUCUUCAGUCCGUGACUGAACAGAGUUCCCUGGAUGACUUCCUUGCCACUGCGGAACUUGCAGGAACAGAGUUUGUAGCUGAGAAGCUUAAUAUUAAAUUUGUGCCUCCUGAGGCCAGAACUGGACUACUAUCUUUUGAGGAGAACCAGAGAAUUAAGAAACUCCAUGAAGAAAACAAACAGUUCCUAUGUAUACCAAGGAGACCAAAGUGGGACCAAAAAACUAGCCCAGAAGAACUCAAACAGGCAGAGAAAGAUAACUUUCUAGAAUGGAGACGUCAGCUUGUCUGGUUGGAAGAGGAACAAAACCUGAUAUUGACACCAUUUGAAAGAAAUUUGGACUUUUGGCGCCAACUCUGGAGGGUGAUUGAGAGAAGUGAUAUUGUGGUCCAGAUAGUAGAUGCUCGAAAUCCACUCCUGUUUAGGUGUGAGGAUUUGGAGUGUUAUGUGAAAACCAUUGAUGACAACAAGGAGAAUGUUAUUCUGGUGAAUAAGGCAGACUUGUUGACUAUCGAGCAGCGGAGUGCCUGGGCUGAAUUCUUCGAAAAAGAAAACGUGAAGGUCAUUUUCUGGUCAGCUUUGGCUGAAGCCAUUCAGCUGAUGGCUAACUCUGAGGAAGAAGUAAACGGAGACACUGGAGAAGCUAUCACAGCCGAGUUAGAAAACUCCAGUUGCGACGAAGCUGAAAUUCUACACGAAGAGACUGAACAUCUUUCACUUGGUGCAGUUGCCAGUAGUGAAGAAGAAGAGAGUGAGUAUGAGGACUGUCAGGAGGAGGAAGAGGACUGGCAGACGUGUUUGGAAGAUGGCAGCAGCCCUGAUGAGGAAGCCUGUGGCCAGGACUGCAAGGAGGCCCAUACUCUGGACUCUGAGGCUCCAGAAAGGAAAACCCCGCAGAAGAGGCAAAUACAGAAUUUUAGUCACUUGGUAUCAAAGCAGGAGUUACUCGAGGUCUUUAAGCAGCUGCACUCUGGAAAGAAGGUGAAGGAUGGACAACUUACUGUUGGACUGGUGGGCUAUCCAAAUGUUGGUAAGAGUUCAACAAUCAACACCAUCCUAGGCAACAAGAAGGUAUCUGUGUCUGCUACACCUGGUCACACCAAGCAUUUUCAGACACUCUAUGUAGAACCUGGCCUCUGCCUGUGUGACUGCCCAGGCCUGGUGAUGCCAUCCUUUGUCUCUACCAAAGCUGAGAUGAUUUGCAGUGGAAUCCUCCCAAUUGACCAGAUGAGAGAUCAUGUCCCACCUGUAUCAUUAAUAUCCUUGGUGCUGUGCCAAAAUUGUUGUUGUUUUGUGUACAUUGGAGCUUCAGAAAAAUCUGACUCUGCUCUGGUUUUACAAAAUUCAUUUCUCCUUAUAGGUAUGCGAGGAUUCAUGACAGCACAUGGACAGCCAGACCAGCCUCGAUCUGCGCGCUACAUCCUGAAGGAUUAUGUCAAUGGCAAACUCCUGUACUGUCAUCCUCCUCCUGGCAGAGAUCCUGUGACCUUUCAGUACCAACACCAGCGGCUCCUGGAGAAAAAAGUGAAUGGUGGGGAAAUAAAAAUACAGGUGGUUAGAAAUAAAAAGGCACAUCAGAUUGAAAAUAUAGUGGAUAAAACUUUUUUCCAUCAGGAAAAUGUGAGAGCUCUGACCAAAGGAGUUCAGGCUGUGAUGGGCUACAAGCCUGGGAGUGGCUUGGUGACAGCAGCUACUGUGAGCUCUGAGAGGGGGGCUGGGAAGCCCUGGAAAAAACAUGGCAACAGAAAUAAAAAAGAGAAAAGCCGCAGACUCUAUAAGCACCUGGAUCCAUGAACUUGGACUGCAGCAAAACUGGCACCUUUGCUGUGCAUCUGUGGUGCUAUAGAGUGGACCCUGGUGAUGCACACAGAGCAGCUGGUGUCAAGACCGAGGGCCUCCUCAGAGUACCAGCUCAGACCAGCCAUUGUCUUAGGUUCCCAGAACCCUGCUCCUGUGGAAGGCUGAUUUAAGAUGAGGGAAUUUAUGAUGUAUAUUUGUGUAAAUAUAUACACAAAUGCAUAGUAAUUUAUAAAUUGGGAAUUUGGGGGAAAGAUAUUAAAGUUCAGUUUUUA